UUCGGUUUCCUUUCCACCAUCUCCAGGCUAUAAAUGAUCAGCUUCGGAGACGCGCAGUACCACAACCGCCUCAAGAGCCGGGAGGAGAUGCUCGGGAACAGAACGAUUUGGCUGCUAGCCGCCUGCGCGGCCCUAACCGGCGCGCUCCAGCACAACGCCGGCGACCCCCUCGCCAAGUGUCUGCAGGACAGCGACUACGAGGAGCUGCUGGACAUCGUCCACAGGGGGCUGCCCCGGGCACGCACCCCGCGCCACAUCGCCAUCGUCGGCGCAGGCAUGGCCGGACUGACCGCCGCCAAGCUUCUGGAAGACGCGGGACACAAGGUGAGGCGGCCGCCACCCUUCCGCGUGGGCCUUUUUUUACAGUCAGAAAUGAGCACAACGGUGAUUCAACGUCAAAUAAUUCAAAAUACUUUGUUCUUCAAAACAUUGAGAAUGGCAACUAAGCUGCAGAGAUCCCUGUCUUCUGGCAGGAUUCUCCUGGCGAUAAUUGAGAAACUGGGAGUGCCAGUCAACAAGUUCUUCCAGGACGACAUCAACACCUACUACUAUGUCAACGGGGUGAAGAGCAAGACGUACACAGUGGAGAACAACCCCGAUGUGCUGAGGUACCCCGUGAGUGCGCGGGAGAGGGGCAGGAGCGCCGCCCAGCUGUUCGACAUGGCCCUCUGGAAGAUCAGGGAUGACUUGAAGAAGAGCCACUAUGACUGUAAGAAGAUUAUGAAGAAGUACGACGCCUAUUCCGUGAAAGAAUAUCUGGAGCGUGAGGGAAACCUGAGUCAGGGAGCACUGCAGAUGAUUGGGGACAUUCUGAAUGUGGAGAGCUUCUUCUACACUGCGCUGACCGAGACGCUGAUGAUACAGGCCGACAUUAACGACAACAGCACGUAUUCCGAGAUCACCGGCGGCUUUGACCACCUGCCGAACGCCUUCUACCGAGUCCUCAACUGCACCAUCCUCCUGCAGUCCAAGGUGACGCGCGUCAGGCAGAACCGGCGCGGCGUGACGGUCUUCUUCGAGGACAGGAGGAACCCCGCGGUCCGGACGAACAUCACCGCCGACUACGUCCUGAUGACCGCCACGGCCAAGGCCACCCUGUUCGUGGACUUUCAGCCGCCGCUGUCGGCCCCGAAGAUGGCAGCCCUGCGGCAGGUGCACUACUCCGGCUCCACCAAGGUCAUCCUGGGCUUCAGCAAGAGGUUCUGGGAGGACGACCACAUCCGGGGAGGGAAGACCAUCACGGACCUCCCCUCUCGGUUCAUCUACUACCCCAGCCACGGCUUCAACGGCACCUCGGGCGGCGCGAUCUUGGCGUCCUACACCUGCUCGGAUGAGGCGGCGCGCUUUGAGGGGAUGAGCGAGGAGGACCUGCUGGCCAUGGCCCUCGGCGACUUGGCGGAAAUCCACGGCGACUUCAUCCGGCCCCUCUGCACCGGCGGGAAGGUGAAGAAGUGGGCCUCGGACCCCUACAGCCUGGGGGCGUUCGCCAUCUUCACCCCCUACCAGCAGACGGACUUCGCCUCCCUGCUGUUCCAGAGCGAGAGGAGGGUGCACUUUGCCGGAGAGCACACCGCCACCCCGCACGCCUGGAUCGAGACCGCCAUGAAGUCGGCCCUCAGAGCCGCCAGGAACAUCAACAGCCAGCAGUGACUGGAGCCACCCGCCUGGAGUCUUUGCACUUGAACCCGGACUUUGUCAACGUUGGCGCUGGCCGAAUCUUCACGAUAGAACUUCGGUAAUCCCUCGGGCCCUGUUGCUGUUGGCCGCAAGGGCUUAGCUCCUCGGUACUCCUCUGGGUCAGAGACAGUGCGCCAGGGCUCUAGGGUGGCCGCAUCCUCCAUGAUGGUUAGACAAGGCCAAGGGCUGAAGAUUGCAGCCAUGGCCCGCAGGGCCUCCGAUCCUGCCUUCCUGGGGGGCAUUCCAUCCCUCGGAUGGGACGUAAAUCUGAGGUCCUGACUCUCUGUGGUCAUUAAAAAUCCAUUAAAAGAGAAUAGGGGUGUUACCACAGCGCCCUGGCCAA